AAGCUGUUGUUACACUGUAGUUUGUAAAAAAAAUUUGUAUUCAACAGAUUAAAAGUUAUAAAAAUGUUUGCAAAUAGUUUAACCAAAUUCGAUGCAGCCAAAAUAUAUAAUCAGAUAUUUUGGAAUGCUAAUAGAAAGGCCAGCCAACAAAGCAGUAGCAGACCGCAGAGCGGCGACUAUGUCAAGAUCAGGGAGUACAUUGAAAAGCAGCGAGUGGAGCCCAAUCCUGAGUACCACUGUGCGCCACGUUGCUUUGUUAUGAAUUAUCGCAAGCAUCAGCGGCGUGAAAAUGUGAGCGAGAUGCAGAAUAUAGAGAAAACUCCCAAAUUUCUAUGGGCAGAUUUUCGCAGACGCAUGAUCUAUGGCACUUAUGAUAUAUAGAUAAAGCUGCAGUAGGAGCAAUAAUGUAAAUUGUCAGAUAGUAAAUAAAUUGGAUUAUACAAAGUUUCGAUGCCAAUGCAGAUUUUAUGUAAAUGCAGCACAAGUCAAUAUACAAAAUAUAAGAUUUUAACAAAUCAUU